CCCCAGACCCGGGCGAUCGCCCUCCGCGCACCGUCGCGGGCCCCUCCCCAGGUGUCUCCUCUCCCGGCCCGCCCGGGCGCCGCGCUCGCUCCGGGGUGCUCGGUCGUGGGAGCGCACCUGGAGCGGCCCCGCACGGGCAUGGUCAGCGGCCGCGGCCGCCCGGCUCGCCAUCGGGACGCACAGAGGGCGACAUGGCGCUGACGCCCCUCCGGCGGGGACCCUCGGCCCGGCUCGGCUCGCCCCGGCUCUGGCUGCUGCUUCUGUGGACCUUCGCCUGGCGCCCGGGGGCCACGGCCUGCCCCGCCCUCUGCACCUGCACCGGCACCACGGUGGACUGUCACGGCGCGGGGCUCCGGGCCAUCCCCAAAAACAUCCCCCGGAAUACCGAGCGCCUGGAACUCAACGGUAACAAUAUCACCCGGAUCCACAAGAAUGACUUCGCUGGGCUCAAGCAGCUGCGGGUGCUGCAGCUGAUGGAGAACCAGAUUGGAGUGGUGGAACGGGGUGCUUUUGAUGACAUGAAGGAGCUGGAGCGACUACGGCUGAACCGGAACCAGCUGCAUGUGCUGCCGGAGCUGCUGUUCCAGCAUAACCAGGCUCUGUCAAGACUGGAUCUGAGUGAAAACACCAUUCAGGCCAUCCCCAGGAAAGCUUUUCGUGGAGCUACAGACCUCAAAAACUUACAGCUGGACAAGAACCACAUCAACUGCAUUGAGGAAGGGGCCUUCAGAGCUCUGCGUGGGCUGGAGGUGCUGACCCUGAACAACAACAACAUCAGCUCCAUCCCUGUGUCCAGCUUCAACCACAUGCCCAAGCUAAGAACCUUCCGCCUGCACUCCAACCACCUGUUCUGUGACUGCCAUCUGGCCUGGCUCUCCCAGUGGCUGCGGCAGCGGCCCACCAUUGGCCUCUUCACACAGUGCUCAGGGCCUGCUGCUCUGCGCAGCCUCAACGUGGCCGAGGUCCAGAAGAGCGAGUUCAGCUGCUCAGGCCAGGGGGAGGCUGGACGCCCGCCAUCCUGCACCCUCUCCUCCGGCUCCUGCCCGGCCAUGUGUACCUGCAGCAGCGGCAUUGUGGACUGUCGUGGCAAAGGCCUCACCGCCAUCCCAGCCAACCUGCCUGAGACCAUGACAGAGAUUCGCCUAGAGCUCAACGGAAUCAAGUCCAUCCCGCCUGGAGCCUUUUCUCCCUACAGAAAGCUUCGGAGGAUAGACCUGAGCAACAACCAGAUCACAGAGAUUGCGCCUGAUGCCUUCCAGGGCCUCCGCUCCCUGAACUCACUGGUUCUCUAUGGAAACAAGAUCACAGACCUCCCCCGGGGUGUGUUUGGAGGCCUUUACACCUUACAGCUCCUGCUCUUAAAUGCCAACAAGAUCAACUGUAUCCGGCCUGACGCCUUCCAGGAUCUGCAGAACCUCUCUUUGCUCUCACUGUAUGACAACAAGAUCCAGAGUCUGGCCAAGGGCACCUUUACCUCCCUGAGGGCCAUUCAGACCCUGCACCUGGCCCAGAAUCCCUUCAUCUGUGACUGCAACCUCAAGUGGCUGGCCGACUUCCUGCGCACUAACCCUAUUGAGACAAGCGGCGCACGCUGCACUAGUCCCCGGCGCCUGGCCAACAAGCGCAUCGGGCAGAUCAAGAGCAAGAAGUUCCGCUGCUCAGCCAAAGAGCAGUACUUCAUUCCAGGCACAGAGGAUUACCAGCUCAACAGCGAGUGCAGCAGCGACGUGGUCUGUCCACACAAGUGCCGCUGUGAGAACAGUGUGGCUGAGUGCUCCAGCCUAAAGCUCGCCAAGAUCCCGGAGCGUGUCCCCCAGGCCACAGCCGAGCUACGACUCAACAACAAUGAGAUCUCCAUCCUGGAGGCCACUGGGAUGUUUAAGAAACUCACACAUCUAAAGAAAAUCAACCUAAGCAACAACAAGGUGUCGGAGAUCGAGGACGGUGCCUUCGAGGGGGCAGCAUCUGUGAGUGAGUUGCACCUGACCGCCAACCAGCUGGAGUCCAUCCGGAGCGGCAUGUUCCGGGGCCUUGAUGGUUUGAGGACCCUGAUGCUGCGGAGCAACCGCAUCAGCUGCAUCCACAAUGACAGCUUCACGGGCCUUCGCAAUGUCCGGCUUCUCUCGCUCUAUGACAAUCAGAUCGCCACCAUUGCCCCAGGCGCCUUCGACACCCUCCAGGCCCUCUCUACGCUAAACCUCCUGGCCAACCCUUUCAACUGCAACUGCCAGCUGGCCUGGCUGGGCGACUGGCUGCGAAAGAGGAAGAUUGUGACGGGGAACCCACGCUGCCAGAACCCCGAUUUCCUGCGGCAGAUACCCCUCCAGGACGUGGCCUUCCCUGACUUCAAGUGUGAGGAAGGCCAGGAGGAGGUAGGCUGCCUGCCACGGCCACAGUGCCCCCAGGAAUGCGCCUGCCUGGACACUGUGGUCCGAUGCAGCAACAAGCACCUCCAGGCCCUGCCUAAGGGCAUCCCCAAGAACGUCACAGAACUUUACCUGGACGGGAACCAGUUCACGCUGGUUCCAGGACAACUGUCCACCUUCAAGUACCUACAGCUCGUGGACCUGAGCAACAACAAGAUUAGUUCCUUGAGCAACUCCUCCUUUACCAACAUGAGUCAGCUCACCACCCUGAUCCUCAGCUACAAUGCUCUCCAGUGCAUCCCUGCUCUGGCCUUCCAGGGGCUGCGCUCUCUGCGCCUGCUGUCCCUGCAUGGCAAUGACAUCUCUACCCUCCAAGAGGGCAUCUUCGCAGAUGUGACCUCCCUGUCUCACCUAGCCAUUGGUGCCAACCCCCUGUAUUGUGACUGCCACCUCCGCUGGCUCUCUAGCUGGGUAAAGACAGGCUACAAGGAACCAGGCAUUGCCCGCUGUGCUGGGCCCCCAGAUAUGGAGGGCAAACUUCUUCUCACCACUCCUGCGAAGAAGUUUGACUGCCAAGGUCCUCCCACCCUGGCUGUCCAGGCCAAGUGUGACCCCUGCUUGUCCAGUCCAUGCCAGAACCAGGGAACCUGUUAUAAUGAUUCCCCAGAGGGGUACAGGUGUGCAUGCCCCAGUGGCUACAAGGGCCGGGACUGCGAGGUGUCCCUGGAUAGCUGUGCCAGUGGCCCCUGCAGGAAUGGGGGGACCUGCCUUGCUCAGGAGGAUGAGGGUGCCGGCUUCACGUGCACCUGCUUCACUGGCUUUGAAGGACUAACAUGUGAGGUGAACACGAAUGACUGUGUGGAGCACGCAUGCGCCAACGGGGGCACCUGUGUGGAUGGUGUGGGCAACUACAGCUGCCAGUGUACCCCGCAGUACUCAGGACAAGCCUGUGAGCAGCUGGUAGAUUUCUGCUCCCCGGCUCUGAAUCCGUGUCAGCACGAGGCCCGGUGUGUGGGUACCCCAGAUGGGCCCCGGUGUGAGUGCACCCCUGGCUACACAGGGAACAACUGCAGCGAGAACCAGGAUGACUGCCGGGGACACCGCUGCCAGAACGGGGCCCAGUGCCUGGACCAAGUCAAUGGCUACUCCUGCCUCUGUGCCAAAGGCUACAGUGGGCAGUUCUGUGAGACCCCUCCAGGUCCGCCUGCUCCCAAGAGCCCAUGUGAAGGAACCGAGUGCCAGAAUGGGGCCCGCUGUGUGGCACAAGGCAGCCUGCCCAUGUGCCAGUGCCUCCCAGGUUUUGGGGGCCCCGAGUGUGAGAAGUUGCUCAGCGUCAACUUUGUGGAUCGGGACACGUACCUGCAGUUCACCGACCUGCAGAACUGGCCUCGGGCCAACAUCACACUGCAGGUGUCCACGGCCGAGGAUAAUGGGAUUCUGCUGUACAAUGGGGACAGCGACCACAUGGCAGUGGAACUGUACCAGGGUCACGUGCGUGUCAGCUAUGACCCAGGCAGCUACCCCAGCUCUGCCAUCUACAGUGCCGAGACCAUCAAUGAUGGGCAGUUCCACACUGUCGAACUCGUCACCUUCGACCAGAUGGUUAAUCUGACCAUCGACGGCGGCAGCCCCCUGACUAUGGACAACUCUGGCAAGCACUACACUCUGAACAGCGAGACGCCCCUCUAUGUGGGAGGGAUGCCAGUGGACGUGAACUCAGCCGCCUUCCGCCUGUGGCAAAUCCUCAACGGCAGCAGCUUCCACGGCUGCAUCCGCAACCUGUACAUCAACAAUGAGCUGCAGGACUUCACCAAGACGCGCAUGAAGCCUGGCGUGGUGCCAGGCUGCGAGCCCUGCCGGAAACUGUACUGCCUGCAUGGCAUCUGCCAGCCCAACGCCACCCCAGGACCUGUGUGCCACUGUGAGCCUGGCUGGGGAGGCCCGCACUGCGACCAGCCUGCUGCAGGGCCCUGCCAUGGCCACAAGUGUGUCCACGGGAAGUGUGUGCCCCUUGAUGCCCUUUCCUACAGCUGCCAGUGCCAGGAUGGGUACUUGGGUGCCCUCUGCAACAAGGCUGGGGCCCCCUCCGACCCAUGUGGGGGGCUGCAGUGCCUCCACGGCCACUGCCAGGCCUCUACCACCCUGGGGCCACGCUGUGUGUGUGAGCCUGGCUUUUCGGGCGAGCGAUGCGAGCAAGAGUCCGCAUGCCGGGGGGACCCCAUCCGGGACUUUCACCAGGUGCAGAGGGGCUAUGCCGUCUGCCGGACCACGCGGCCGCUGUCCUGGGUGCAGUGCCGGGGUUCGUGCCCGGGUCCCGGCUGCUGCCAGGGGCUGCAGCAGAAGCGGAGGAAAGUGACCUUCGAGUGCAGCGAUGGAACUUCCUUUGCCGCCGAGGUGGAGAAGCCCACCAAGUGCGGCUGUGCCCCCUGUACAUAGGGCAGGGCCCAGCGGGGAAGGGGGAGCAGGCCAUCCAUCCCUGGCCCAAGCAGCCUGUGCCCCCCGCACACACCGCCUCUCCGGAAGUGCCUUGCACAAACAGGCGCUUAAUAAAUGUUUGUUGGAUGAA